AUGUGAUGGAUGACGUAUAAGUGUGCAGCAGGUAUUUUUUACUGAGAUCUAAUUUAUUUUGAUAACCAACCCUGUUUAUGGGAAGCGCAUCCAUAUCGACAGACAAGCCAUACAUCUGAUUGCAGGUCAUUAGAGACACACUCAAGGAAGGUACUGUUGACCAGCUGAGACCUAGUAGGGAUCACAAUGUCUCUGGUGGAAGGCAUAGGAGACGAGGUGAUGAUGGUAGUGGUGGUGUUUCUGCUUAUGGCGGUGUUUCUGAUUGCCUGGAUGUCAACUAGCGUACACGAAAGGAACUUUGUCAGCAUCCUCAUCUUUGAGACCAGACACAGGUUAAUGAACCAAGCAGCAGCAGGACAGGCACAUGGUCAGAGCAAUGAAUCUGGGCCACACGUCCCACACCAGUCGGAAUCUGUCCAGCCUCAAGAAACGAGAUCAGACGAACACCAAAACGACAGGACUGAAGCUGUGCAGCCUCCUGCUUUUUCUUCUUCUGACACUUUGCCAAGGUCUGAUGCUGCACAGAACGAUGAGAACUCAUCAGCUGUGGAUGACUGUCAAAACAAUACAACUGAUAGUAACAAUGUUGGGGGUGAAUAUGAUGGUAUCAACAGUAGUGAAUCGCAUUUAUCAGAAAAUGUAACAAAUACUGGACCCACUGAGCCACCUGCAGUAAGUUCUCUCCCUGACACCCUGAGUGAAUUACGAAGAAGGCGUGUGGAGGCUCUGACAAAGACAUCAGCAUCUGAAAGUUUAGAACAAGUGGCGCAGAGCUGUGGUCUUAACAUGGAACAGCCGGAAUUAAACUCCAGUCAAUGGCAGAGUGAGAAUCACUCCAGUCCGUCAGAGAGCACUUCACCUUCCCCAAGCCAAACUGAAGAAAACAGACACAGCCAAUCAGAGGAGCGGACACAAACAAGCCAAUCCGAGACUCCGGUGUAUGACCCAGAGAAUGGAUUAAUUCGACUUAGGUUGAGGUUUUUGUCAGAGGUUGAACGCCAUGUACAGGGAAGAAUGCAGGAAACAGUGGCUCAGUUAAGGAGUCGAGAAUUUGCUGCUGAACUGGAAGAAAACAAGAUCAUACGUUUCAUUUUCAACGGAAGAGAACUUAAACCCGACACACAGACUCUUCAGACAUUUAACAUUGGAGACAGCAGCAUUAUCCACUGUCUCAUAGCUCAAGGAACUCAAGGUCAGACCCAAGGUCAGGGUCAAGGUCACCAACAGGAGCAUAUAGUUGACCUUGACCUGAGUCGCAUGAUGUUACCUUUAUUUGGACUCAUUUUGGCUAUACUGUGGUAUUUUAGGAUCGUAUACAAGGUCUAUUUUAAUCCCAUGUCAACAAUCACAUUGGUUGGUUUUACUAUUAUGUUUGCAGUGGCUUUGGCCUCUGCAUUUACGCCGCAGCGGCGCGAAGACAAUGUGCAAGUGCACAGGCACCAUGUGCAUGCUGAAUAGAGAAGUGUACAUCAAAUUUACAGUUAAUAUUUAAUUUCAAGAAAUUGUGGUAAGUUACUAUCACAUUUCAUGUGUUUUAAGAACUGAUUAACUUAUGUGUAUUUGGUUAUGGCGAUUACUGAUACAUAUGGGCCAAAGCAAUGUUUAUGAUGUACUCCUUAUUUGGGUAUGUUUUACAUUUCAAGAUUAUUCAAUGGUAUUUUUUUUUUUUUACAAACUUGAAAUGAAGCAAGUGGGAACAUAUCAAAUAUUCUGUGGAAUGUAUUGAAAUAAAAUGCAGUGAACAUUU